AUGAAAAAAGACGGUUUCAUACAACGUCGUCGAACUGAGAAAGCUAUAAUUGAUGCUCUAUUGAAAAUAUCUGAAAUUGUUCAGAAAACAGAAACUGGUCGACAACGUCAAAAAUCGAAGAAAAUAAUUGGUGAUGGUGAUUAUAAUGACUUACAUAAUGAUGAUGCUGGUGAUGAUGAACAACAACAAGUACCUGUGCCGCCUUCAAUGCGUACACUCGAUUCAUAUGUGUCAGGUUUUAAUCAACAAUCAAUAGACAAACCUUCAAAUUCUAAUCAAACAUCAAUUCAUAAACCUAAACAACAUAUAUUGAAUCCUUCAUGGAAUUCACAAGAACCAGAUAAACGAUGUGAUCGAUCAUUAGGACAUGACGAUGUAGAUAAUAAUAAUGAAUUUAAAAAUCAAGAACAUUCUAAUAAACGUUAUUAUUAUGAUUCUUCAUCCACAUCGUUAUCAUCGAAUGAUAAUCAUUAUCGAAAGAAAUCUUCACAACAUCAUUCAAAUCAUAUAUCCGUUCAGUCAAAUCAAAAUUUACAAGCGAUAUGUCAAGAAUCAGAAAAAACUGGAAAUCAACCAACAAUAACAACCUUUAAUUCUCAUGCGACUUCCUAUCAAGUUAAUUCAGCAGCUACAACUAUUCUUGAUGAUCAAUCAUCAUCUUUAGCUCCAACAACGUCACUACCAAUUCCUAAUGAACAACAAUCGUCAAUAAAUCCAACUGCUGUUCAUAUUGAACAACAGCAACAACAACUUUCAUCAUCAUCGAAUAUAUCAACAGAUUUUGAUGUAUUUAUUGAUCAACAAUUACAAGCUACAUUAGAAAAACAUUUAAAAAAUCAUUCGUUAUCAUCAAAAAAUCAUGCGAAUAUUCCACCACGACGAAAAACUCGAUUAGUUACUUUAACAAAGUCAGAAACAGGAAAAUUAAUGAAUGAAUUAAAUUUUACUAAACAACGUGAAUUAGCAAUGCUUGCUGCUAAACAAGGCAAUUAUUCUUUAUCUUAUUCCAUUUAUACAAAUCUCUUACAUGAUAGUAAAUAUAAUUGUAAAUUAAAAUCAGAAAUUUUAGCAUCACGUGCUACAACAUUAUUAUUAGAACAAAAAUGUUUUGAAUCAAUUGAUGAUUGUACACAAGCAAUUGCAUUUAAUCAAUGGAAUAAAUUAGCAUAUGUUGUACGUGCUGCAUGUUGGAUGAUAAAACAAGAAUAUUCAAAAGCAGUUGAAGAUUAUUCAAAAUUAUUUCAUUUUUUUGAUCAAAGUCAACAUGUUUUAGAUUUAUUAAAUUUAGCUUACGAAAAAUUAAAAUUAUUAAAUAAUGAUAUUGAUGAUGAACAAUCGAUUAAAAUCGAACAAGAAAAAGAAGAUAUUCAAUCAAUUAAAAAUAUUAAACAUGAUAAUAAUAUAACACAACCAAUGACAUCAUUAACUAAUACAUGUGUGAAUACUACACAAUCACCUACUUUAGUUUCACCAAUUGCUUCUUUUAUGCAACCAGCUAUCUAUCUUUGCUAUCCUUAUCAAGCUUAUCCAACGUGGUAUAGUAAUAAUAAUACUGAACAACGAAUAACAAAUGAAGAAGAUAUUCAACAACCAACCUAUAUUAUUACAAAUGCUAGUUUUACUUCACAUCCAUCUCUAAUUAUUGAUCAAUCACCUAUAUCUUCUGAACAAACAUUUCAAAAUCUUUAUAAAACAAAACAUAAAUCAUGUCAAUCUAUACAUUCAAAUAAUAAUGCACUUUUAUCAACUAUUGAACAUGAAUCAUCUUCUAUUAAUAAAAAUUUACAAUCAAAUUUAAUAUGGAUUAAAAAUCCAUAUCGAUCAUUUUGA